AUGGCGCUGCGCUCUCCCUCCAGCACUUCGCGGAGGAAUCUGGGACCCCCUUAUUCGCCGCCGGCGGACUCUCUGCCUCCCACCUCUCAGGCUGGAUCCGGCAAUGGAGCUAGAGCUGGCGUUGCUAUGAAGGUGAAGGAGGCUGAACAUAUGUUGGCAAAUUUAGAAGAAGAGGGAGUGGAGAUAGAUGGCAACAUAGCUAGUAUUAUUAAUGAUGAGAUAGCUAGAAUUAAAGCUGAAGCUGAGAGGGAGAAGAUUAUCAAUGUGCUGACAAGGAACGGGCGGAUGGUACUGCUCACUAUUGUAUCUGCUGCUGCUGGUUUCUUCCUGGGAGGGGAAUGUUACGAACGGGCCCUCUAUGAGCAACUGGCCAUGAUUUUUGGUGAACCAUAGCGUAGGGCGGCUUACGGGUCCGCUCUGCUUAUGGUAUGUAAAACCAAGCAGGUAGUCUUGCUAAAACAUUGUUACCUAACUAUGGUAUGGAAAACCUGUUUAUGUUGUCUAAUAAUUGUUGUGCCAUACUGGGGAUUUUGGCAGGUAAUGAUGUAACUCUU